AUGAGAGUCUUUCCCAUCCUUCUUUAUUGGUUCUGUUGCGUCAUUGUGGGAAAAGCCGCCGACACUGCCGGGCUGUACGAAGCACUAUUUUAUUUCUAUGCCUACCGGAUCGAAUAUGCCGCUUUUUCGAGUGCGGAGGACCGAUAUAUCGGAACCCACUGCGUGAGUGCGAGCGGGGGGCUCUGCACGUUCAACGAGUUCAUCGAGUCUUGGUCGAACAAGAACUACCUACCCAAGGUGUAUCUUGCCGCCGGUGACACGGUGUACCCAGCCGUGGAAGGCGCCGACACGGUCUUUGCGGAGAUGGAAUGGCCGGGAAGUUACAUAAUCUCGAAGCUCUACAGGGACGCGACGAAGUGGAACUAUGAGCACAUGCUCGCCGCCAUCACCAACCGAGUCCAAGCCGCCAAAGGAGUCAUGACCGUCGAUUCAGUGCUGCUUCAGAAUUCCCGGCGAGCGUUGGAGAUUGCCCAAAUCAAUCGCUGGAAUGAAAAUCUCCCCAGAACGCAGGAGUCCUUCCAGGAAAGGUUCGAGGGGGUGACGCUGUACGACAAGACUGUGAAAGUGGCAGAUGGAACGGUAAAGGUGAUCGAUUGGGACAAGACAGCAACCGAACAGAGCAAAGUCAGCAAAUCCUCGUCUAAGGACCUGCUGAAACGGUAUAAGAAAUGGGCUGGUAGCAACAAGGCAUCAGAAUACUUGCAUCACCAGAAUAUCAUGAGGAACGUGGUGACAUAUCGAAAUGUGCUGGGGUGCGGAUCUUCUUGCUCAGCCGUGGCCCAGAAAUUCAAGGAUCUAAGUUGA